CAAGAAGGGUUUUUGGGGGGGUGGGGGUUGUGUGGAUUAAAAAAAAAGUUUUGAUAGAUGGAUUAAAGGAGAGGCAUUUAAUCAGGAUGUAGAGGGGAAGCAUGAUAUGCUGCAUGUCUGGGUUUUCGCCGUUUUCUGUCACCACACGCACACGAACGUCAUCUGUCAGUUGGUGUGUGUCUGUGUAUCUUAUAUAAACCAACAAGACCAAAGAAAAAGGAUCAAACCAAUGAACGAAAACAAAAGUUCCCUUUCCUUAGAUCAUUUUGUGGUUUAUUGGUUUGUCAUCUGGUCUCUGUUGUUUUCAAUGUGAACCUCCAAACCCCUAGGAGGAGCUGUGGAUAGCCAGACCUGCGGUUCAGUUGUUCCUCCUGUUUUCUCAUUAAUGGUUCAAUUUUUCAGAUUCAACAAACCUGUGAGGCAUCGAAACGCAUACAAACGUAACAUGAGAGUGAAAUGAUUGGAUGUAUAUAAGGUGGGGAUGAUUCUAGAUCUAGUCUUUAACGGUCACCGUGGUGCUCACAGUCUCUUUCAUAUCAGAAAACACUUUAAAAAUCUUUGAAUCCAGCACUAAAAUUUAAAUAUGUGCAAUUUGACACCACAUCCGAGUAUAAACGUGUUACAGGAAGAGACGGACGUGGUCAUUGGCUGCUGCAGAUGUUCUUCACAGCUCCUUCACCCUCCUCAACCCCCUUUCUUUCUCCUCGCUCCCUUUCCCCCCUUCCUGUCACCUGGAGGUUCCAAACACACACACACACACACACACACACGCCACCCCAGUUCUCUCACGGCUUCUCCCUCGAUUGGCUCUCCCACAGAGGCUGCUCCGCAUGGAUCUGCCCGUGGCCGACGACAACACGGUCCACUUCAACUCCACCCUCAUGGCCUUGAUCCGCACGGCUCUGGACAUCAAGAUCGCCAAGGGUGGUACGGAAGGUGGUAUUGACAAGCACCAGAUGGACGCAGAGCUGAGGAAAGAGAUGAUGGCGAUCUGGCCCAACCUCUCCCAAAAGACUCUGGAUUUGCUGGUGACGCCGCACAAGUCAGCGACAGACCUGACAGUGGGGAAAAUCUACGCUGCCAUGAUGAUCAUGGAGUACUACCGCCAGAGCAAGAUCAAGCGCUCGCAGGCUCUUCGUGAUGAGCAGCGCGUGGAACCUCCUUCCCCCACCCAGGAUGGGGGCCCGGGACUUAACAACGCCCUCCCUCCACCUGAGACGACUGUAAACAGCCUGCCAGUGGAGGGGGGGGUCCCGGAGAGCCAUUCAUGGGUGACAGCCCGUGCUCAGGAGAUGUCCCAGAAAGUUGGCAGCUGGAGCCCAGAGGGACACCCUGAGGAUGGCCUGGGAAGCAUGAGCAACUCUCAGACGGUAGAGAUGAGAGAGAUGGGGCAGGAUGGUUACUCGGAUACUGAGCACUUUCCACCAAUGGAAGGCCACGGCAGGGCCGCUUCCAUGCCCCGCCUCCCAGGCGACAACCAAGUGAGCAGCAUUCUCACUUUUCCACUCUCGUUCUAUUCCCCCUCAUUACAUAUAUAUUCCUUUU